AGAGAGGAAUCAAGUGCAUGAAUUCUCAUGGCGACAAGCUCCACAAGUGCAUGCGAAGCUUCCACGACAUUCUGGAACAGGCCGUGGUCAAGGGUCCCACGAACGAGGUUCUUCACUACACAUGCUGCGCCUACCACGAGUUACUGGACUGCGUCUCCAAGACGCUGACGCCGUGCGAAAGCGUCGGCGCAAAGGACCUCAUGAUUGGCUUCUUGAACCAAGCCUUCGGUGAAACUCUGAACCUGGUCUGUGGCCGCUACACCAAGGGUUCAAGCGCCUGCCAGACUCUACCACCAUUACCCCGGUUAGGACCCCAGGACCGCAAGAUUGCGAACUACGUAGAGCUUUUAUUGGAAGCCUCGGGUGCGCGUGGUCGCAAGAACUAGUCUUCAAGGUUGAAAAAUGCACUUUAAUAUCCUACUCCAACCACUUCCUUCAAAAUUGUCUCCUGUAUCAUAGAGCUUGUUUCACCAAUCUAUGAAAAUAUAUGCGUUGCGUAACAGAUGUUGGCGAUUUUAUAUAGCACGGAUUACUCUUUUCCAUAGAAGACGGAAUUGAAGAAGCUCACAGAUACGCAGAAAAACUGCAUAAAAUCUCACCA